GCGCAGACGCAGUACAGCAGGACUGUGAGGGCCGCGGCGGAGGUGGCGGCCUGGGGGAAGUGAAUGGUUUUACCCAGCGGGCCCAGCGUCGGCCCUUGCCUAGGUCGCAGUACGUGCGGCCGUUGUCCUGUUUCCACUGGGCCAUGGCGUUCACAUUCGCUGCUUUUUGCUACAUGUUGGCGCUGUUGCUCACCGCUGCGCUUAUCUUCUUCGCCAUUUGGCACAUUAUAGCAUUUGAUGAACUGAAGACUGAUUACAAGAAUCCCAUAGACCAAUGUAAUACACUCAAUCCUACAGUUGAAAAGGUCAAAAAGAUUAAAAGAGUCAAAAUUGCAUUAAAGCUUGUACUUCCAGAAUAUCUCAUCCACGCUUUCUUCUGUGUCAUGUUUCUCUGUGCAGCAGAGUGGCUUACACUGGGUCUCAAUAUGCCACUCUUGGCAUAUCAUAUUUGGAGGUAUAUGAGUAGACCAGUGAUGAGUGGACCAGGACUCUAUGAUCCUACAACCAUCAUGAAUGCAGAUAUUCUAGCAUACUGUCAGAAAGAAGGAUGGUGCAAAUUAGCUUUUUAUCUACUAUCAUUUUUUUACUACUUAUAUGGCAUGAUUUAUGUUUUGGUGAGUUCUUAAGAUGAUAUACGACAGACUCAGUCCUGUUAAGUGCAUGCAAAAGCCACAAAAUGAAAGGAUUCUAUCCAAGAAGAACCUGUUUGCAAGAUUAGUUUAUGGAAUAUGAUGUUACUUAAAAAAAAAAAAAAAAGACUCCUUAUUUUUCAAAUGUUUCCACUUUUUUUUUGUGGAAAGACUGUUUUCAUAUGUUAUGCUUUAGACAAAUUAAAUGGAAUUACGUAUAAAUGAAUAUAAAAAAGAGUACCUCUGGUAUUGACAGGUUUGAAUUUGUACUCCUUAGGAACAGCCAUAAUUUUCUAAAUAAUUGUAUUAAUUAUUUACUGUCCUUAGUCUGGAACUUUUUGUUUACAGGAGCCUAUAGUAGUUUAUUUUGGUUUUAUUGAAAUAUUGAUUAUAGCUAUUGGAGAUCAAGUGCUUUUGAAGGACUGAAAAUUUUGUAUAUGUUUGACCUUAUAGGAAGCCUCAUAAGUUUCUUUAUAUAUCAUGUAGAAGAUUACAUGGAAAUAUUUGCAGAAGUAAUGAUGGUGGGAUUUUUUUUUUUUUCUUAACAUUUGAAUAUUAGCCCUGUGUAUUGCAUGAUCUAGAAAUUUCCCAUAAUAGCUCAUUAAAAUUCAUAUACUUUAAUUCUUAAGCAUAAGUAAAUCUAUUGAGAAUAUAUACUAAAUUAUCUUGGAAUGCAUUUAAAGUUAUUUUAAAUGUUUUCAUUUGUAGCAAUCACUUAGUAAGAAAUUCGGUAUUCAAAUUACUGUUACAAUCUAGUGAUAAGAUAUUCUUAAGGACUUGAAACUUAUACCUUAGAUGUUCAGAACAGAAAAUGAAAGAGAACAUUGUGUAACUAUCCUGCUGUUCUUUAGUGCAAUACAAUAAAAGUCUGAAAUUAA